AUGACGUCGAUCAAUCUGGUGCUCCUCCUGACUGCUCUCUUCUUCCACCCGCACCUCGCCCAGGAGAAUUCAACUUCUCCUGCCCCUCCGGACGGCUCUGAUGCUCCGUCAGUCCCACCGGCUGGAUCUGAUGCUCCCCCAGCUCCUUCGGACGGAACUGUAGCUCCUCCGGCUCCCACGGACGGAUCUGCAGCUCCUCCUGCUCCCACGGAUGGAUCUGCAGCUCCUCCGGCUACCACGGACGGAUCUGCAGCUCCUCCGGCUACCACGGACGGAUCUGCAGUUCCCCCUGCCCCUUCUGGAGCCACUAACGGCACCAACGACUUCCCUGUCGUCGUCCUGGCCAAGAAGUGCUACCAGUGCACCUCCUUCGACGGCGCCGAGAUCCUCAAGAACUUCAUGGCCGACCCGAACCAGACCGACAUCGCCAGCGCCGACCUGAAGUACCACGCCAAGUGCAUGCAGCCCGACGCCACCGUGCCGACUUGCGGCCCAGCCCCGUGCAUGACGCUCGCGUGGAAGAACACGGAAGGCCAGAUGCAAACCGUGCGCAACUGCAUCCAGACCAAGAACUACACCGGCGGCACGAUCAAGUGCAUCCCCGAGUCGAACCUCAAGGAGGGCAGGAUCAAGUGCCGGUGCGAGAAUGAGGAUCUGUGCAACGGCUACUCGUUCGGCGGCACCACCGUCGACGUGCCUGACACCACCCCGACGACCGGGCCUGUCGACGACCCCGACCAGAAUGGACAACAGGCCGACGAAAGCCCGGCGCCCGCCGCCUCCGGCUCGUCCACCAGCGCCCUCGUCGCCGUCGCCUUUGCCCUCUUCUCCAUGUUCUUGCAU